CCGCGACGCUCCGGGACUGGGGCCGGGGCCGGUGGAUGCGGGCGGGAUGGACGGCAGCGCCCUGCCCCGGCCUGCGCGCUCCUCACCCGACGUCCGCGCCACCCGGCGGAGACCCGCGUCCCCUGAAAUGCUGCGCUGCAGACGGCGGCGGCGGCUCGGAGCGGCGGAGGGCCCGGGCGACGAGGCGGCCGUGGCGCGACGCAACGAACGCGAGCGCAACCGCGUGAAACUGGUGAACCUGGGCUUCCAGGCGCUACGGCAGCACGUGCCGCUCGGCGGCGCCGGCAAGAAGCUGAGCAAGGUGGAGACGCUGCGCUCGGCCGUGGAGUAUAUCCGCGCGCUGCAGCGCCUGCUGGCCGAACACGACGCCCUGCGUGUCGCGCUUGCCCAGGGGCUACUGGAUCCCGCCGCGUGCGCCCAGGCUCCCCAAGGAGGACCACCCGCCGCCAUCGCCGCAGCCUCUCCCUCCUGCGCCACCUCGUCGUCCGGCUGUGCGGGCAGCUCCGAACCCGGUUCCCCGCGCUCCGCCUACUCGUCGGACGGCAGCGGCUGUGAGGGCGCUCUGAGUCCCGGGGAGCGCGAGUUGCUGGACUUUUCCAGAUGGCUGGGGGGUUACUGAACGCCGCCCGCCUCGCCGAGCCCAAGCGAGGCCCCC